AUGCCCAACUUUGGAGGUCUGACCGACCGAGAAGCUGCCAUCGAUGCAGUGAUGCGGUUCGUCUGCGCGCUAGAUAACGGCGACUCAGAGCUUUCGGCGUCGUCUUUGUCGGAAUAUGCAAUAAUGGAUCUUUCGCCCUUUGCCAAAGCCGGCAUGACGCCUCGAGUGGUUCGCGGUCGAGAUGAUAUUGUCGACAUUCUCAUGGCACACGUCGGAAGACCGUUGGACACCACCCACUGUGCCACCAACAUUCGAUGUACGGUGAAUGGUGAUAGUGCCAGCUUGACGAGCUGCAUUCUUGCCCAGCAUUUCCGAGGAGGUGAAGGACCAAGCCCUGAAUACCAAGAGUUCUUCUUCAAUGGCAACCAGUACGAGUGUGAUAUUGUGCGAGAUGGCGAGUUUUGGAGGAUCAGUAGGGUACUGAUUACGCCAACGUGGACAUUUGGAAACCCUCAGGUUAUGAAAGUGCAAUGA